GGCUCGCGGCGUGAGGUCAGUUCCGGUGGCGGCGACGCCGGUGGAGGGGCAGGCGGCAGCGCGGCCCCGCAGACCCGCACCGGCCCCGCACGCCCCGCCAUGGCCUCGCUGCUGAAGGUGGACCCGGAGGUGAAGCUUAAGGUUGACUCCUUCAGGGAGCGAAUCACAAGCGAGGCUGAAGAUCUGGUGGCGAAUUUCUUUCCAAAGAAGCUGUUAGAACUCGAUGGAUUCCUUAAGGAACCCAUCCUGAAUAUCCACGAUCUCACUCAGAUCCAUUCAGACAUGAACCUCCCAGUGCCUGACCCAAUUCUCCUCACCAACAGCCACGAUGGACUGGACGGGCCAAAUAAGAAAAAGCGGAAGCUGGAAGACCCCGAAGAGACUUAUCAGGGAACCAAAGUGUUCGUGAUGCCCAAUGGGAUGCUGAAGAGCAACCAGCAGCUGGUGGACAUCAUUGAGAAAGUGAAACCAGAAAUCAGGCUGCUAAUUGAGAAGUGUAACACGGUGAAAAUGUGGGUGCAGCUUCUCAUUCCAAGGAUAGAAGAUGGAAACAACUUUGGUGUUUCUAUUCAGGAGGAAACAGUUGCUGAGCUUCGAACUGUGGAAAGUGAGGCAGCAUCCUACCUGGACCAGAUUUCUAGAUACUAUAUCACAAGAGCAAAGCUGGUUUCCAAAAUAGCCAAGUACCCUCACGUGGAGGAUUAUCGCCGCACGGUGACAGAGAUCGACGAGAAGGAAUACAUCAGCUUGCGCCUGAUCAUCUCGGAGCUGAGGAAUCAAUACGUCACUUUGCAUGACAUGAUUCUUAAAAACAUUGAGAAGAUCAAGAGGCCUCGGAGCAGCAAUGCUGAGACCCUCUAUUAAGUGUCAACAUUUGAACUUGAGAACUGUUCAGUCAACUAAAGACCGUCAUUGCCUUGGUUUGUUACGUGACUAUCGAGAUGGGAAACUGGCUGGAAAUAGUAUUGCAUUCUUAGUUAAACUCUAAAGAAAUCCUUGCCUAGUUUUGUGGUUGGUUUUGUUCAGGUCUCAGGAGCUCUCCCUCCCUCUGUAACUGGUAAUGAGAAGGCCGUGCUGCUCUGGGGUGCCCUAAGGGCUACUGCAGAGCAAGAGCAGCAGCCAGGCAGGAAUGUUCCUUCAUGCCUUUCUUCCUACCUGAGUAGGAAUCACUGAGACUAAGCCCUUGUCCUGUCCAGUCUCUUGGCUGGAGGCUUGACUGGGCUGUGUGGGCAGGGGGCAGAGCCAUCCCCAGGGGCUGGCAGGGUGCCACUCGCUCCUUUGUCCCCUCUGCCACCCGCGCUCUGCACUGACCAGCUGCACUGGUGGGGACCCUGCCCCUCUGGGUGGUGACAGUGGCCGUGCCUGCUGCAGCCGAGCUGUCUGCACUCCUGGCUCAGCAGAGCCUGCCCUGUCCUGGAUCAGUGCAGAGCACCAGGUGGUGCUCUCCUGGCUGGUUGUGAGCUCAGGUGGCUCCUGCUCCCAUUUGUCGUUUGACAAGAGCCACUUCCUGUGUGUCCUCGUGCCCCUUCAGAAUGAGAUGCUUUUCCCCAGCUGAGAGAGGGAAGGACUGGAGCUCUGGUCCUGAAGUCCCUGUAGUCUCCUCAGGUGGUCGCCCCAGAGCCGCUGUCCCCUGCGGGGCAGGCCAGCCGCCAUAGCCGGGGGGUGGGGAGGGCUGACGGCUGUACCACCGCAGGCCUGGUAGUCUUUCCCUUGCAGAGGGCACACGCCCGUGCCCGGUGACUCCUCUAAACCGCCGGAACAUUUCAUGGUCCAUUACAAACCCUUUUGGAAAUGACUGGUUGUGUUGCGUCAGUUUUUGUGUGUGGCAAGUGGGCCCAUAACGCUGCAGGCUACAGAAUUUUCUUAUUUAUAGUAUUUCUACUUAAGUCCCCUAUUCAGGGAACAUUAAAUCAUUUGUUUCAGGAACCUUGCUGUUUCCUGGGUCUCGCUGUUACACCUGUAUAUUCUUAUUGUGCAGUAGCCUUAAUAGUUGUGUUAACCUCAUUGUAACAACAGUGACAAAUGGAAUGAAUUUUCUCCCCUCCUUUUUUUACUUUGUUUUUGUUCCUCCUGCUUCCACAUCUAAGAGCCAUGUUGUCUCUUGCUGGUUUCCCAGGGAUUUUCCCAGAGUGUGGAGAGCUGCUGGCCCUUGCUAUAGACUCUUCUGUUGUUGUUUGUAGUGAGUCAACUCUUAGUCUUCCCGCUAAUAAAUAUUCAGUAACAAACCAACCGCAUUCUCGCUGCUGUCAGGGAGCAGCACUUCCCCUUGUGUUUCUUUGUAUUGAUUCCUUUAAAUUUGUUCGGCUCUCUUUGCCAGAUGAAAGUAUGUAAACUUUUACCAUGUCAAAAAAUUAAAAUAAGGUACUUGAAAUUCUUUUAAGGUA